AUGGAUAGAUUGCUUCGUCUUGGUGGAGGUGUCCCUGGUUUGGGCCAGGGUCCACCAACUGGUGAUGCCCCGAUAGUGGACACUGCUGAGCAGGUGUACAUUUCAUCCCUUGCCCUGCUGAAAAUGCUGAAGCAUGGUCGUGCUGGAGUUCCCAUGGAAGUUAUGGGCUUGAUGUUAGGAGAAUUUGUGGAUGACUAUACAGUCAGAGUGAUUGAUGUUUUUGCUAUGCCCCAGUCUGGAACGGGUGUCAGCGUUGAAGCUGUCGACCCGGUUUUUCAGGCCAAAAUGUUGGACAUGCUUAAGCAAACUGGCCGACCCGAAAUGGUGGUUGGCUGGUAUCACUCGCAUCCGGGUUUUGGAUGCUGGUUGUCAGGGGUAGAUAUCAACACCCAGCAGAGUUUUGAGGCACUGUCCGAACGUGCAGUUGCUGUGGUUGUCGACCCCAUCCAGAGCGUCAAGGGAAAAGUGGUCAUUGAUGCAUUCCGCCUCAUCAAUCCCAACAUGAUGGUUCUUGGUCAAGAACCUAGGCAAACAACAUCCAAUCUGGGUCAUCUGCAGAAGCCGUCCAUCCAGGCCCUGAUUCAUGGUCUGAACAGGCAUUACUACUCAAUGAGCAUCAAUUAUCGUAAGAAUGAGCUGGAGCAGAAGAUGCUGCUGAACUUGCACAAGAAAUCAUGGAUGGAUGGACUCACACUUCAGGACUACAAUGAGCACUGCAAGCUGAAUGAGACAACUGUCACCCACAUGCUGGAACUAGCCAAGAACUACAACAAGGCAUUGGAGGAAGAGGAGAAGAUGACUCCUGAGCAACUUGCCAUCAAGAAUGUUGGUAAACAAGAUCCAAAGAGGCAUCUGGAGGAACAGGUUGAUGGCCUGAUGACAUCUAACAUUGUCCAAUGUCUCAAUGCAAUGAUCAAUACUGUUGUCUUCAAAGAGGAUGCUUACUUGGAAAAGGUAUCAGCUUAA